AGAAAGUGUGGGCGCCCAGAGGGACAGAGCGGCUCUGUAGCUCAGUGCAACCAGUGCUGGCGGGGCUCAGACAUUCAGCUGCGGCCGUUUCUGUCAAUAUCUGUUCUAUCUGCUCUAUUUCACCUCUGACAAUCGCUGAAGGAUCGAUAGGUCUGAACAGGAGUUUGUCGCGAGCUUGAUUUUCCCUCUUCGAGUUCAACCAUAUGAAUUACUCCCGACGCGUCGCCAUUUGGUUACUCGCGUUAUCUGUACAAAUUAUACAGGCAUGUGCGUAUUGCGGUAGAUUGGAGAUGAUAUCCGUUUGGCUCCUGUUUUUAAAGCUGCUGAGAGCCACAGCUGGUGUGCGAAGGUCAUAUGAAAGUGAACUAAAUGACGACAAAAGCACCUCUGUAAAUCAGCAACAAAAAGAGCAGGAAUACCUCUCUGAAACAGUCACCAUGGAGACCAGCCAGUUUUCAGAAAUGGCUGAUCUAACAGACUGUAAAAUGGAUCCUGAGUUUACAGAGGACCAGACAUGCCAAUUCACUGAGGAGGUGAAUGAAUGUUUUGUCAGAGUGCCUUUCUCAGAGUGCCUGGAUACCAAACAGAGCAACCCACAAGAAGAUCUAUGUGGGCAAGAAAACAAAGCCAUAACUAAUGAAUGUGAUAGCUCAGGUGAAUCUGAUGGAAGCAAAGACUCUCAAGAAGGUAUUCUGGUCAAGGUCAACAAACAAAAUGACCCAGACAGCAGAGAAUAUUUGGCCUUUGAGUCUAAUGAAGACCCUCUCCUGAAUGACAAACCAGAAGAAGAAAUGGAAAUCAACAAUUUGGAUGAUGCCCAGGAGGAAGAACGUGAUGAACCUGAAGAGAGGGUGGAAGCUCAAGACAAUUCCGUUCUGGAAGCACAAGAAGGAUCUGUGCUGGAAAUACAAGAAGAAUCUGUGCUGAAAGAACAAGAAGAAUCUGUGCUGGAAAUACAAGAAGAAUCUGUGCUGAAAGAACAAGAAGAAUCUGUGCUGGAAAUACAAGAAGAAUCUGUGCUGGAAAUACAAAAAGAAUCUGUGCUGGAAAUACAAGAAGAAUUUGUGCUGGAAAUACAAAAAGAAUCUUUGCUGGAAAUACAAAAAGAAUCUGUGCUGAAAGAACGAGAUGGAUCUGUGCUGAAAGCACAAGAAGAAACUGAGCUGGAAGUACGAGAAGAAUCUGUGCUGGAAAAACAAGAAGAAACUGAGCUGGAAGAACAAGAAGAAUCUGUGCUGGAAAUACAAGAAGAAUCUGUGCUGGAAAUACAAAAAGAAUCUGUGCUGGAAGAACGAGAUGGAUCUGUGCUGAAAGCACAAGAAGAAACUGAGCUGGAAGUACGAGAAGAAUCUGUGCUGGAAAAACAAGAAGAAACUGAGCUGGAAGAACGAGAAGAAUCUGUGCUGGAAAAACAAGAAGAAACUGAGCUGGAAGAACAAAAAGAAUCUGUGUUGGAAGUACAAGAAAAAGCUGUGCUGGGGCAGCAAAUGAAUGAGCUGGUGAUUUCUGAAGUCCCAUCUGAAUCUUGUCUGGAUAUGGAUCGAGAUGACCUAAGUGACUGUCUGCUUGUGGAAAUGGCCAUCAUUUCAUCAGACAGUGAUGUUGAGGAGCCGUGGAGGUCUUUAGUUCCAUCAGCUGUUGAUAAAGAAGAGAUUGAAGAGAACAGUGAUAUCUUGGGUAUGGAUGAAGCAGAGGUAAACUCGGAUGACCAUGCAAGGCAGGAAGACAAUGAGGUGAUUGACAGCAAUGCUGAACUUGAAGAAGAAGCUCUGGCUUUGAACAUUAAUGAAAGUGAGAUUCUAGAACAACCAGAGUGUCCCACUGAAUGUGAGCUGCAAGAUAUUUCUUUGGAGUCCUCUGCCCAUUACUGUAGUUUAACAAAGAUCGCAGAGGAUGAGGAAGAGCUUGGUAAAACCUCAAAGCACAGCCUUCAGCGCCUGUCUUGUUCAACUUCAGAGCUUGACAAAAAGAUACCAAAAGACUUCUGCGUGGUUCAGGAAAUAAAAAGCGAGAAUGUCAGCACGGAGCACCUGGAUUUCAGGGUGGCUCGCAAGCAGUGGCAGAAGAUGGAAGAGCAAACAAAGGGUCUGGUGCACCGGCCAGUAAUGAGGCUGGCAUCUUGCCAGGGUGGACACAGCUUCAUGUACACACCUGUCCGCAACAUUGGUCGCCCCAGAAGAGACCCUGACAUUGAGACUCUUGGUCUGGGGGAUUACCAGUACACUCAAUUCAGCCCCUGUUCAGAGGACUCUGGUCUAGAUGACACAAGCUACAGGUCUCCUUAUGAUGAGCCAGAAACUCCAGUGGAGAGGGAGAUCCGUGAAGCUCUCGAGCGAGAGGAGAAUUUCAAACGAGAAAGAGCAAUGGCAAAGAUGUCUGUUGGUGACACUAUGCAAGUUAAAGCCAGGCCUGGUGUUCUUCACCAAAGCAGGUCAGAGCCUGGAGAUAAAGGACAGAUGUUUGACACUCUAGAGGACAGAAGCAGAUCUCAGAGGUCUCUUAGUGCAAAGACUCCAACUUUGUCCGUCACUGGUACAUCUGGAAGAAGACCCUCAUACCAUGAAAUGAUCGCCAACAAUGUCAUUAUACUUGAGCCGGAUUCGUACCCCACCAGCCCACGGAGCCGAGGAAAAGGUGGGAUGCUUUCUCCAGAGGUAAGCAGCUUCCAAGAAUGGCCAUCAGACAUGAAUAAUGUCAUUAUCCUGGAGACAUCAAAUCUCAUCAUUCGAAGUGCCUCAGAAUUCUGCCUGAGCUCUGCAUGUCAAGAGACACAAGAGAGCACCUUUCAGAACAACCCCUUCUUCAAACUGCGCUCCCACAGCACCCAGUCUCUGGUGGAUCAGGAGAUCAAGCUGGUGAGGCAAAGAGAAGAAGAGCUUAGAAGGCAGAGAGCACAACUAUAUGUAAAGGAGAGAUACGACACAGUCCUCGUGUCCCCCAGCCAACAGCAGAAUUUCACUUAUGAGAAACCAGGAGUGGUGCCAGCAAAAUCCAAGUCAUCCCCCUCAUCUCCAUCAAAGACACGCAAAAUGGAUCGCUCCGCUUUGUCGUGCGACCACAAGUUCCCUGAGGCACCUUACCCUCGAGUCAGACGGAAGAGUGCCCUGGCCCAGAGGUGGGAAGCAGGUAUCUUUGCCAAUCAUCAGCAACAAGACUGAGUGAUUUGCCUAUAUGAAGCAUCAAAGCACAAAUCAAGUUUCCAUUACAGUAUAAGCAUGUGCAAGUAGUUUUAGAGUAAAACAUUCAUUACUAAUACAAACCUUGAACUUAAUAGGUGAGAAAAAAUAUUCACAAUUGAUGUCAUACCUUUUUUAAUUUUUUGAAUGCUAGUAUUUUCACUCUGAAUUUUAUCCUGGAAACACUUUUGUAUUAUUGCAGAAGAAGAAUUUAUAGAGUAACGUAAUCCUAAAUUGCACUAUGUACAAAAAUGAUGCCAAACAUUGAGAAAUUUAUUACUCUAAUUUCCCAUUAGAUAACAUGUUAUAUUAACCAUACAGUGAAGAGCAGAAGCAAAUAAAAUACAUUUGUCUUUGAUUUAAUCUGAUCAAAAGUGCAAUUUAAAACCAGAGAAGACCACUGCUUGGAAUGUCUAACAGAGUAUAUUGUGGAUGUAGCUUCCAGAGGUGUUACAAUAAAAGUAGCUGGCUUCUGUACAAUAAUUACAUUGUGAGCCUUUUAAAUGUUUUAUGCUUUGAUUGUCUGGAUAUAAUGUGAACAUUUAUUCUUCUGUGAAACUAAUUUAAAAGAUCUGUGAAUUUUAAUUCAUAAUAUUCAUGUUUGAAAUGUCUUAAUAGAUAUGAUUCUUCCUUGCAGGAUGUUUUCAAUGCAAAAUACUGAUCAAACCUUGAAUAAAAUGAAACUUAAUAACUUG